CAUGGAGGCUGUAAGUCGUGUAUGACUUUUGCGAGCGAGAAAUGUGGCCGGUUGUAUUUGUUUGACAUUGUGUUUGUUAUGGUAUAAAUGAGGAAGCUGUAAAAUUGGUUUUCAUGCUUAAAUCAACUUAGGUUUUCUGUCACUGGAGUGUCCUAUGGAGGGUUUAGUAAGUGAAUUACCUCUACUUCUAGUCAUUUUUUAAAAUCAGAGUAUAGUUUACUCAAGGUGUAGCAGCAGUUAGUUACGUCUGUUUCAUCUUGAAGUUUCGUGCAUUUUGCAUUAUUAGACAAGGAAGUGCGCUGCAUUAACAGGGAUGUCAUGCUUUAAACCUCGAGGAAAUUUCCGGAAGACAAACAGCGUGAAAUUUUGCAUUAACUUUUCCCCCCUCCUUGACCGAAAUUAUUCGCACAGUUAUUGUGUGAUUAAUAAUUGAAAUCGACUGAAUUGGACGAAAAGAUCGAUGCAUGUCGGGCAGGGUCACUGGGGACACCGACUUAAUUUGAGUUGCAGCUGUAUAGGGAUCAGAUUCGCUCGAGUCAUUUGGGUUUUCCAGUCAAAAUGCUGCUGUCUCUGGUCGUGCACACGUACUCGUUGCGGUACUGGCUUCCAGCAGCGGUGAUGCUGGGCACCGCUCCUGCUUAUCUGCUGACCUGGAGCGCCUGGCGGCUGCUGUCCACUGUGCUACCGUCCAGACUCUAUCACACUGUGGAUGACUGUGUGUAUUCAGUGUAUCAGAGUAUGGUCCUGUUCUUCUUUGAGAACUACACGGGAGUGGAGAUUGUCAUUUAUGGGGACAUACCAAAGAAGGAGAAUGUGGUUUACCUGUCAAACCAUCAAUCCACAACUGAUUGGAUCAUUGCUGACAUGUUAGCCAUUCGACAAAAUGCACUUGGACACGUAAGAUACGUUCUGAAAGAUGGUCUGAAGUGGCUUCCUUUGUAUGGAUGGUAUUUCUCACAGCAUGGAGGUGUGUAUGUGAAGAGAAGUGCCAACUUUGAUGAGAAAGCCAUGAAAAAGAAAUUAUCUUCUCAGACCAAACUGGGUACACCUAUGUAUCUUGUCAUCUUUCCAGAGGGAACCCGCUACAACCCUGAGUUCCAGAAAGUUAUCAAUGACAGUCAGGCUUUUGCUGCUAAAGAAGGACUUGCUGUGCUGAAGCACGUUUUAACACCAAGAAUGAAAGCAUCACAUGUUGCCAUUGAGACUAUGAAGGAACACCUGGAUGCUGUAUAUGACAUAACCGUUGCAUAUGAGGGAAAACUCACAGCAGCCGGCCAGAGACAUCCAGCUCCUACAAUGCCAGAGUUCCUGUGCAAGGAAUGCCCCAGGGUGCACAUCCACUUCAACCGCUUGGACAUGAGGGAAAUUCCUGUGGAGCCAGUGUUCUUCCGCAGAUGGCUACAUGAAAGAUUUGAAAUCAAGGACAAGCUACUGACCACUUUCUAUGAUUCUGAAGACCCUGAGAAAAAGUGCAGGUUCCCUGGAGAAAGCCAAAAGUCGCCUCUUAAUCUUACAAAGACAUUGCCUUCUCUGUUGAUUUUGGGUGGCCUCACUUUACCAAUGCUGUUAACAGAGUCAGGUAGAAAACUCUAUCUCAAUACCUGGCUCUAUGGGACUCUGAUUGGAUGGGUGUGGGUAAGUGUAAGUCCAUAAACUAACCAUACUGAGAAAAAAAAUCCAUUCUGACCACUCAGAUAACACAUUUAGAUUUCAUCAUUGGAUUCUUCAAUUCUCACCAUAGUUUCUUUUUGGCUCAUAGUAUACUACUAACCAAGAGGCUUUUUUUUAUUGUUUUUCAUUUGUUUUAUUUCAUACUCUUAACUGUCAGAAGGUAAACAGUAACAUUGUGUCUGCACUGCAAACAAAUAUGAGAUGCAAAAAACUAAGGCGUUGCAUUUGUCGGCAUAAUAUGCUUGCAGCACUGUAGACAUAUUCCUAUUUUGAUUUAUAAUAGGAAUGUUUCAGUUUUUUUGUUUGAUGUCAUCAUUCACUUGCGAUGUAAACCCAAUGUGAGGGUUUACUCACAUUUUACUCACAGGUUAGAGUUCAACUCUUAUCUGAAAUGCACAAAUGGAUAACAAUAUGUAGCACCGAUACAAUGUUUUGUAUUAAUGUUGUAUUAAUACCAUAGCAGUCUUGAAACAUUUGUCAUUUAAUCAUAUAAUUGGCCUUGUGGAACUACAUGUUUAAAUUUCCAGUAUGCAAGGUUUUUUUGGGGGGUUUUUUUUUUUUUUUUUAUGAUUUGUGGGAUUCUGAAUAUGGUUUCUAACAUCAAUUGUGUAUACAGGGUCUGUAUUUCAUCAUGAUGUUCUUGAGAAUAUUUGGAGUAUUUUAUUAUUUUGUGCUGAUUUUCUUUGUGUAAUGCAGGUAAUUUUUGUUGGUUAUUCAUUGGAUUUUGGAUGUGUGUUUACAUCGGUUAUAUUUUUAUUUGAUUUGAUGCCAAGAUCUAAAAAGCCUGUCAGAUAUGGGCUUUUUAUUGUAAGCAUUUGCACUGUUGCUAAAUAUUUCACCGAUAGUUGCCAAAAUUCCUGGUUGCAGGGGUAUUAAAUAUUCAGUCAAAAAUAAAAAAUUGUCUUUUCAACUUAAUGUUAUUCCAAACCUAUGACUUUAUUUCUUUGACGAAUCCCCACAACCCAUUUUUCAUGUUUUUCCAGAACGUAAUCAAGAGCAAUAAUUUUGUCCACAUAAGAAAUCUGAGACCUUUGUCUUGAAAUCUCAUAGUUCAGUGGUUGUUUUUUAAAUAAACAAAUGACCUCAUCUUGCUCAUGCCAUCUAAUUGUUCUUUAAAUCCUGUUGCUUUUAUUAAAAGUAUAUUUGUAUUAUUUAAUUUAAGUGGAGUACAAUUGAUCCAUUGUAUUAUUUAUUUGACAUUUACCAAAAAAAUAAAUUAAAAAAACGCUUCAGUAAGUGCAACUGGAGAUGUUUAGAGCUUAGAACAUUGCCAGAGCUUCAACAGGACUCCCUCUACUGGAAGCUUCUGGGUCACUUUAGAUAUAAAGGUCAGUGUAGGCUCCCACAUUAAAAAGAUUUGUUGACAUCCAGUUGAUUGCACUUACCCAUAAUUCAUAAUGUGAUUAUCAUUAAAGUCCAUUAUCUAAAAAUAUUCUGAUGAGAAAUGUAUUUGAAUGAUAGGAGAGUAUGGGAAUUUAAAAUGAAAAAGGGGCAAUAACGCAUAUGCCUUCAGUAUAAGUUUAGAACCCAAAACUUUAACCCUUAAAUAGUAUCAAGCACUUGUUGACAAAAUCACAGAUGUACAGCAGCAUUCCCAAAAUCAUUGAAAACCUGGAAAAGCCUUGGAAAUGUAUUGUUAAAAAAAGUGUUGGGGAUGCCAUGUUGAAACUGUACUUUGCAACAGUUUGGUAAAAGCUACAUGUUCUUUAAAGUAGUUAAAAUAAUGUCAAGCAUUUGUAUUUAAUCAGAGACAUUUUUUCAAUAAAAUCUUUAAUAAGGUGACAAUUACGCUUUUGCUAAAUAUAUACAUUAAAUAAAGGCAUCUCUGAUCUUUAACCCUAAAAUAGUAUCAAGCACCUUUCCAAAAAAAAAAAAAACUUUUUCUCUUUUAAAAUAAAACGUAGUUGAAACUAAUGAUUGACUUAAGGCACUUUCUAUUCUUUCAUUUAAUUUAAGUACAGAUAUCGUUUCAUACAUCUUAUGUCCUUUAUUUUAUUUCAGUGGAUUUGAUUUGUGGUCAUGUCUGUGUGUCAUCAGAUUUGUUUCUGACAUGUUUGACAUCAAAAAGCUUGUGACUUGUAGUCAAAAGUUAGUUUGGGCUUUCAUUAACAUUAAUGAUGUCUUGUCACAGUCAAAAACCAUCCAUGAAUUUGUAUUUUUUAUUUUUUUUUAAGUCAUAACCUUUCUAAAACAAAGUGACUGUGAUUUACCAAUGAAACUGUGGGGCAGAGUUUGCCCUUAACUUAUUUUGCGGGGGGAUCACGCUUCUUGACGUAUUUCUGGAUGACUGAUAAAUUAUUGCAUUUAUCAUAGCAUAAUUAGAAGAUCAUCUAUUCGGCAGAAGUGGAAUCAUUUGAUAUUUGAUACGGUUUAAUUAUAUACUAUGUAUUAUGAUUCUGAAGUCACCAAACUCUGUGAGACUGUACAAAGUAUUUCAACUGCAACAAACUUUCUUAAACUGGUGCUGCAUUGAUGCCCAUCUUUUAAAGACUUGUCCAUGCAGUAAACACUCAUGAUCAUUUAGUGUCUGUACUA